AUGUUCUGUACUUUUUCUUUUUUUUUCUUUAUAGCCUCCAUUCUUUUUACUAUUUUUUUUUACUUUAUUUCUUUUUCCCAUUUUCUUUCUUUCUUUUCUAUAAUUUUCUUUGUUCUGUUGUUUAUGAAAGUGUCUAUCACGUUCUUUCUUUCACACUCGCCUUCUUUCUUUUUUUCACUCUCCCCUUCUUUGUUUCUUUCUUUCUUUCUUUCACUCUCCCCAUCUUUGUUUCUUUGUUUCUUUCUUUCUUUCAUUCUCCCCUUCUUUGUUUCUUUCUUUCUUUCAUUUUCCCCUUCUUUGUUUCUUUCUUUCUUUCAUUAUCCCUUCUUUGUUUCUUUCUUUCUUUCACUCUCCCCUUCUUUAUGUCUUCCUUUCUUUCACUCUCCCCUUCUUUGUUUCUUUGUUUCUUUCAUUCUCCUCUUCUUUGUUUCUUUCUUUUUUUCAGUCUCCCCUUCUUUGUUUCUUUCUUUCUUUCACUCUCCCCUUCUAUGUUUCUUUGUUUCUUUCAUUCUCCCCUUCUUUGUUUCUUUGUUUCUUUCAUUCUCCCUUCUUUGUUUGUUUCUUUCUUUCACUCUCCCCUUCUUUCUUUCUUUCUUUCUUUCACUCUCCCCUUCUUUCUUUCUUUCUUUCUUUCUUUCUUUCUUUCUUUCUUUCUUUCUUUCACUCUCCCCUUCUUUCUCUUCUUCUUGUCUGGCCUGCAAUUCUUCUGCUUGCCUGGCCUGCAGCUCUUCUUCCUGUCUGGCCUGCAGCUCUUCUUCUUGUCUGGCCUGCAGCUCUUCUUCCUAUGGUAUUUACUCGCCAGCCCACUUACACUCUCUUCUAUUACACCACUCUCUCUCUCUCUCUCUCUCUCUCUCUCUCUCUCUCUCUCUCUCUCUCUCACACACACACACACACACACACACAUACACCCUCAUAUUUCUAUUCGCAUAUCUUGAUAUUUUUACAAAUAUUCUUACAGCCCAUUGCCCUUUCUUUCUUUCUUUCUUUCUUUUUGUUCUUUCUUUCUUUCCAAGUUUACGCGCCGAACUCUUUCACAGGAUUAUUUACCAGGAUUAA